GCUUCCACUAUCAAUCAAUCCGAAUUAUCUGACUGUGUCGGCAAACGCGCAUCAUCCUCUCUCUCUCUCUCUCUCUCACCUCUUCUUAACGUAAAAAUCCCCUAAUUUCCUUCCUUCUUCCUUCCCCCCAAAUAGUUCCUCAAUCAGAUCCGAUCACGAGCCCAAUUCUCGAUCGGAUCUAACCAACAAUGUCAGCGUCAUCAUCCUCAUCACGUCGUCUACGUGACCUCCAAUCACAACCAGGCAACAAGAUCUGCGUCGAUUGCUCCCAAAAGAACCCCCAAUGGGCGUCUGUAUCGUACGGCAUCUUCAUGUGUCUAGAAUGUUCUGGAAAGCAUCGCGGCCUCGGUGUCCACAUCUCCUUCGUCCGAUCCGUUACUAUGGAUUCGUGGUCCGAGAUCCAGCUGAAGAAAAUGGAAUCAGGAGGUAAUGAUAAUUUGAAUAGCUUUUUUAAACAGUAUGGAAUUGCUAAGGAAAUAGAUAUUGUUUCUAAAUAUAAUUCUAAUGCGGCCUCGGUUUACCGUGAUCGGAUCCAAUCGUUGGCCGAAGGUAAACCGUGGCGCGACCCGCCCGUUGUUAAGGAAUCGGUUAAUAAUAAUAAUAGGAAGCCACCCAUGCCCGGUGGGAUUGGGGGAGGGGGUAGGAUUAGUAAUCAUAAGGGAAAUGGAGGGUGGGAUGAUAAUUGGGGAGAUAAUAGUUUUGAAGAUGAAGGUGGUUAUAAUAGAUCGAAUAAUAGUAACAAUAAUAAUGAUAAUAUAAGGAGGAAUAAUACGGUUGGGGAUUUUAGGAGUGGGGGUAGUGGCGGUGGGGCGCCGUCUAGGUCGAGAUCUAGUCAGAGUUUGUAUUCCAAGUCGCAGUUGGAAGCGUCUGCCGCUGGGAAGGAGGAUUUUUUCGCUAGGAAGAUGGCGGAGAAUGAGUCCAAGCCUGAAGGAUUGCCACCUUCUCAGGGAGGGAAGUAUGUUGGGUUUGGGUCGUCGCCGAGUACUAUGCCGAGGAGUGAUUCUCAAGGGGAUGUCUUCUCUUCGGUUACGCAGGGACUUGGUAAGUUAUCUUUUGUUGCAGCAUCUGCUGCACAGUCAGCUGCCAGCGUGGUUCAAGCUGGUACAAAGGAACUCACAACAAAGGUGAGAGACGGAGGUUAUGAUACCAAGGUGAAUGAAACCGUCAAUGUUGUGACUGCAAAGACAACUGAAAUUGGACAAAUGACAUGGGGAAUCAUGAGAGGUGUCAUGGCAAUGGCUUCACAGAAGGUUGAAGAAUACACCAAAGAAAGCCCCUCCUGGAAGAGUGAUGACUGGUCAAGAAAUGAAACCCAAGGAAAUGGAUUUUAUCAGGAAUCAAAAGGUUGGAAUUCUAAUGGUGGGAAUGGCAUUUCAGCCAGCUCAUCAGGAAGGAAUACGACGACGUCUGCUGGUGCUUGGGAUGAUUGGGAUAAUGAUGGGCAUAGAAAGCAUACAUCUGAUGCAGGAACUGCGUCUCAGAAUGGUGAUAGUUGGGCAGGUUGGGAUGAUGAUAAAGACGAUGAUGAUGAUGGAUUUUAUCAGACCCCGGCUAAUGGUAAAACUGCUACUCAUACUGGGAAAUCAGAUGGAAGCUGGUCCGGUGCAGGCUUUCAUUAAGGUCAGCCGAUAUAUUAUUUUGUAUUACAUUGUAUUGUUGAGCAAGGGGUUGAGAUAUGUUGGGUGGAAGUGGGGAGAAAUGAAGUUGAUAUAUGUACAAUUAUGAACAGGUCAGGUUGGUACAUUUUCCAACUAAAAGAGAACUAAUCCUAUAUCGUUUGAUCUUUUGUUUUAUGAUUACAGUCAUGUAUUUGGAUAAAACCAUUCAUUAGUAAGAAUUUCUGUUGGAAUUUCGUCA